AUGAGGGCUUCUUCAUUGUAUGGGCCCGCGGCGGCCGGCUUAUCGACUCUGUUGACGCUGCUGCCGACCGUCCACGCCUUGACUUUCGAGACGGUCUCGACCCCCGACCUCGACCUCUCCUCGCUCGGCCGCGUCGCUAUCACUGGAGACUUCGAUGGCGUUUCACUGUACGAAUAUGUCGGCCAGUCCGAAAUCACAUCCCGCCGGGGCUCGUCCAUUCUCACCGCGCUGCCAAAUGGCAUCCUCACGAACCUCUCAUCCGCCGAUUCGCAAAUCCGUGAUAUGUGCGCCUUCACCCAGAAAGACGGAACUUUUGCCGGCAUAUUUGUCGGCGGAAAUUUCACCAGCCUCGGGGGAGUCGAUUCCCCGGGCGCUGCCUUGUUCAAUCCGAAUACCACCAAGGUCACGGCCCUGACCGGUCUCACCGGCUCCAUCUCCGCCGUGUUGUGCGACCAGGACACCAAUCGCGUGUAUGUCGGGGGAGAUUUCUCCUACAAGAAGGUCUCCAACGCGCUCGCGUGGUCUCCGGACGACGGCUGGACGGAUCUGUCGUUCGAUGGCCUCAAUGGCCCUGUCAACUCGAUUUUAAAGGGCGAUAACGGCCAUAUCAUCUUCGGAGGAUCAUUUGAUGGACUGGGCAACACCACGACCUCAUCAUCUAACAGCAAACAGAUUCUCAACUUGCAGAAUGCGACUAUUACAUCCGACGCCGAGACCUCUCUCUCUGGAUACAAAGAUCCCCGCAACAUCAUCUGUUCGACCAGCGGCGAGGCGGCCGAGGGCCAGACUUGGUUGCUACAUGACUAUGCCCCUGGUUAUUGGCGGGCCUAUUUCAAUUUUACUUUCAACCCCACCAAAGUCCGCUUGUAUAAUACCCAUUUGGACGGACGCGGCACCAAGAACUUCCUGUUCCGGGCUCUGCCUGAUGAUGGUAUUAUGAACAUGACUUACACGGAUGAUUCGGGCAACAAGAUCCACUGCGAUUCAUCUUGCCCACUCUCCAGCAGCUCCAGUGAGAAGUAUCGGGAUUUCACAUUGGUAAACCCUGUUGGCAUGAAGGGAUUUCAGAUUGAAGUUUUGGAUUGGUAUGGCCAGGGUGCUGGCUUGAACGGCAUUGAAGUCUUCCAGGAUCAGAUUUUGUCUUACGCUGUUGAUGCAUUUAAUGAGCCCACUUGUGCGGGUAUUGAGUAUCCUUCCAAGUCGACACACACCGGAUCCUGGACGGUUGAAGACGAAGGUUACUUGUCCUCGCAGGUGACGGAUUCGACUGACUCUAGUACCUCCAUCGUCUUUUAUCCGGAUAUCAAAGAGUCAGGAAACUACACUAUUCUGUUUUACACCCCUGGAUGUGUUCAAGAUAGCUCUUGCAGCUCUCGUGGCAUGGCCAAUGUUACUGCCUCGGUCGCAACAGGUACCAGUGCUUCGCAGCCGUCUCCGACUACCAUCUACCAGACCAAUGACUACGACAAGUACGACACCCUGUAUUCUGGAUAUGUUGAUGCAAGCAGCGAUUCAUUCCGCCCAAGUGUCACCCUUCGCCCCAUCUCUGGCCAAGGAGAUAUCACUCUCGUGGCAUCCAAGGUCCGCUUUGAAUUGAUAAACGGCACUACCAGCGGACAACUCAAUGGACUGUACGACUACAACCCUAGCUCCAGUGCCAGUACCACCGACCUCGACAGCUCGGAUAUCAACGAGGCUGGAAACUCCCUCGAUAAAGAUGCUGUGAUUAUGAGUUUAGCUGAGAAUGAUGGUGUGAUCUAUGUGGCGGGCAACUUCUCGGAUAGCAAGAUCAGCAACGUCAUGUCCAUCACCGAUGGUAAUGCCACAGCAAUGGCAGGUAACGGUUUGAACUCCGAGGUGCUGGCUAUGACCACUCUCAACGACGUUCUCUACGUUGGAGGCAAGUUCACAGAUACCUCUGACGGUGGCGCCGAUGGUCUCAACUAUGUGGCAUCGUACUCCUUCUCUUCAAAGAAGUGGUCAGCACUUGCGGAUGGGUUGAAUGGUCCUGUCAAUACUGUCUACUCAAUUGAUCUGAGUGUCUCGCCUGCAAUCAACGAGACCACCAUCGCCGUUAGCGGUGAUUUCAAUGAGAUUCGCGCUACUGAUGACCACGCUGCUGUUUAUGUCGCUGGCUUCGCCAUUUGGGUCCCGUCGAAGAAGGCCUGGCUGCAGACUCUCAACGAUACUCAAAUGGAGUUUGCCGGCCAGCUGUCUGCAGCUACCGCCUACAACGAUACCACUCUCCUUGCGGGCAACCUUGCAACCGAUGGUAUCACUGCUGGUGGCGCUGUAUCGCUGCAAGAACUCGAAGACCUGACUCUGGUUCCUUUGUCGAUUAACAUGAACCAUAGUCAAUCAAGCUCUGGAAUCAAUACCGGUGUCUUUGAUAUCGAUUCCGACCGAAACCUCACCAUCCUCGGUGGCUCCUUCACUGCAGUUAGCAGCAAUGGAUCCACUAUUCAGAAUGUCGCAUUCUUGAAUGGCAGCGCGCAGACUGUUUUUGGUUUGCCUGAGGGGUUGUACAGCAAUUCGACCAUCAACUCGAUGCUUGUGUACAAUGACACUUUGUUUGCUGCUGGCAACCUGUCUGGAUCUGUUGAUGGGUCGGAUGUCAGUGGUCUUGUGCUCUAUGACUUGUCCAGCAAUCUUUUCAAGACGAACCAACCCUCGGCGAUCAAGGGCUCCAACGCUACCGUCAAUUCCAUUGCCCGCCGUCCUGGAUCGUCCGUUAUCUUUGUUGGUGGUAAAUUUGAUUCUGCUGGCAGUUACCCUUGCUCAACGGUCUGCGCUCUCGAUUCGUCUCAGAAUUCAUGGACCUGGCCAGGCUCAUCCAUCAGUGGUACUGUGUUAGCGCUUAGUUUUGCCAGCUCCAACACUCUCUAUGCCGUGGGUGAUAUUACUAUUGGGAACAACAAGACCACUGUUGCUACCUUGAAUGUUAAAACCGAGACCUGGACUGCACUCUCGGGUGCAUCUCCCGCUAAUGUUCCGGGGACGAUCACUGCAUUUGCACCUGCUAUUGAGGAUGAUUCAAACUUCUGGAUAGGAGGCACAUCUAGCAAUGGGUCUGCCUUCCUUCUGAAUUACGAUGGAUCUAAAUUCCAAUCUCCAGGCUCUCUGUUCUCCGAGGGCACAACCAUACGUGGCAUGGAGAUCCUCCCUCUUAGCAAGGAUCAUUCCUCUGUUUCGACUCUGAAGAAUGAUCAGGCCCUGUUGAUUAUGGGUCAACUUGUCAUUCCCGAUUUCGGCAAGGCAUCUGCAGCGCUUUUCAACGGAACCACGGUGACCCCCUUUAUCCUUUCCUCAAAGUACAAUGGGGAGCCUGGCAGCAUGUCACAGCUGUUCACCGAGAACCAGAACCCUUACACAACCAAAUCGUCCCACCAUUCCAAUGGUAUUGUGGUUCUUGUAGCCUUCUGCUGUGCACUUGGCUGCGUCUUCCUCAUCGUCGCUGCCGGUGUCAUUGCGAACAAGAUUCAGCGACGCCGCCAGGGUUAUGCCGCUGCGCCUCAAUCGUUUGGAACGGACCGACCGUCCGACAUGCAACGCCUGCCUCCGGAGUAUCUCUUCAACUCCUUGGGGCAGCCCAACCCCACCGCACCAGUUAUCUAA